CUAAACGCACCAGGACUUAGUUACCUAUAUUUCCAAAGCCCGUGACCGAGAGGCUAAUAGGGACACAGGGAACUUUUUUUCUCUUUCCGUGACACUUGUUCCGAAGGUUAGACUCCAAAAUUUUUUGGUGAGCUCUUUGUUUUUCCUGACAUUCCUCUAGCAAUGAGCGUGUGGCUUCCAUUCACUCUGUGGACCGUUUUCACAUCCAGCCUUCUGUUGUGCAGCGCGGGGCACACCAGUUACGAUUCUGAAGAUGUAAAGCGGGACUGGCCGAGGGAGGAUUCGAGUCAAGGGUUCCCCCUCUUCGAUAAAGAAGGUGAUGAUGAUCUCGUAGAAUCUUCUCCCAGCCGAGGCCAAUAUUUCACCGAGUGGAGGGAAGCAAUGCCAAGGAGUGGAUAUUUUGACAAAACAGCAACUUCUCUGAGGAACGAGGCAGGCAGUUUGAUGCCAGUGAAACGUGAGGGACAUUCCUUGUCAAUCGUCAAUCCUCUGGACGUUCUCAGGCAACGCCUCAUGCUUGAGAUGGCUCGCAGGAGAAUGAAGGUCAACCAAGAACAGAUCCGGGAAAACGAAUUACUCCUGAAGAAUCUCGGAAAGAGGGCCACUUCUCAAGACAGAACGGGAGAAUUUAGGCGACACCAAGUGUCUGAUUUGGAAGAUUUUGAGGUUUGAGUGAAGCUAUCUCGCUGGCGCGAUGAAAAUUCUGUAUAAAAGACAUUCAUAUCUUUCCAAAAACAUGAUAAAUAUCUGACAAUGCAGUAUUAAAGUGUUUAUAUGUAGCUCCAAAACCAAUUUGUUCCUGCACUCGUUUUCAAGCACUACACGGAAAGCAUAUUUCAAGGGGAUUCUACUACUACUACUCCAAUUUCCUCUGAUCGGCUUGCUCAUUUUUCUUCGCUUCACUAUAAUGUCUCAGUUACGGUUUUAAUUAAUUUUCAUCAAAAGCAUUUUUUCAUAAAUAUUUUUAAUAAAUAACUUCCAUGAUGUUUUAAAAAAUAUAUAUUUUUUACUUUAAUUGAUUCUAGAACUAAAGUUCAUUAAGAAUUCUAGAAUAUGAACUUUGUAAAUAAUUAUUUCGAAAGAAGUCAUUUUGUGAGUUUCUUUUUGUGAAAUUAUCAUAACUCUGUUUCAAACAAAAUCAGUAGGAAUUAGUAAAGUAACUAUUAAAGCUACCUAUACAUGCUAUACGUUCUGGAGUUAUUUAACUAUGCUGUGAAACACAACUUUAUGUUGUAAAAUGAAAACAUUGAGUAAAAUAUUGUUUCAGAAUGCAAAAAACCCGUCUCGAUUAUUUAUAACUGCACAUAAAGAAUGAAAAUUAUGAACAAGAAUCUGUGCAAAAUAUUAUAUCUCAAAGUUUACUUUCUUUACGUAUCUAAGGAAAGAAUUCAGUUUGUAAUGGAUACAAAUUUUCCUUAACAUUGCUGUUAAGAACAAUUUGUAUAACAUUCAUAAUGGCGUGUACAGUACUUAUUGCCAUAGUACAGAUAAUGUUCUCUGUUUUCACUGUACUUAAAAAGUAAAAACAAUUUCAAAAUCUUCAAAUAGAAUUAAAUAAUUAAAACAAACUUUAUUUGAUAUUUGUUGCUCGUUAAUAUUUUAAAAAAUGCCUAAAUUAAGGAAGUUAAGAAAGAAUACAAUAAUCAUUCUGUGUUAAUUCAUUUUGUAGUAUAUAACAUACAACAACUCUGUAGUAUACAAUAUUCAACAUAUUCACAUCGUUUUUGCUCGUUCUAACCUUCUUUUCAAAGUAAGUAAUUGAAAAGAGCAACUUAUAUUAUUAAUAACUAAAACGUCGUUUGUGAUAAUAGUUCGUUUAAAUAUUAAUAAAUCGUAGUAAAUAUCGUAAGGUUUGGGUUAAUUUCUUUUCACGAAUUUUGAAGUAAAAGAAUAGCUAAUUUUAGCUGUCAAAGAAAUUAGUUUUAUCUUAUAAAUGAUCAACAUAGUAACGUAAAACAAUUCAAAUGUUUUGCUUAGUAAAGCAUAAAAUGAAAACAGAAUCGUUGUUAAAUUUAUUCUGCACUUCAUAUAAAACAAACUAUCCCCCCAAAUAAGCAUAUAAAAUUCAGAAAAGAAAAUUUUAUUACUUUUUAAUUAGUAUGGCAAAAAAUAAUGUUUCAAGAACAUUCAAUAAAAGAAAGAGAAAAUUCACAGCCCAAAUAAUAAUGAUAAAUUUGCGGGCGAAAGCUGUUUAAUAAAAACAUGAAAAUAUCAUUUUUUCGAACUAUAAAUUAAGCAAAUGAACUUUGUUGUUUGUAUAUUCCAACUAACAAAUAAAGAAACAGCUUUAAUCUCACCGCCCUUGCUUUUAAAAGAUUAUUACUUAUUAAAACGCAAACAUAUUUUUAUUUAAAGUAAAAAUAUUCAUUACAAGUUAUUUUUACAAUAGCGUGCUAUUAUAAAUUUAUUUAUCAGUGAUUGCACCUUAACAUAUGUACUUCUAAAAGGUUCUAUCUACUUUUAAAAGGUUCUUUCAUCCAAUUGAGCUAAAUAUUUUGACAAGAAGGCUUGGAUUUUUUUUCCUUCUAACCUUCAGGUUUAUUUUUGGCGGCAAAAUGGUUAAUUAAAUCUAAGAAACGUGCUUCGGUGUAGUGUGCUGAAAUCAAACUUAUUUUUUUCUCAUUUGGAUUCCUGUCAAUAUUUGAAAAUUUUAAUUAUGGAAUAAAAUAUCAGACAUCUCAGAAGGCAAAAUGUUCUAUUUUGAAAAUUUUCAGUGGCACUCUUUCUGUACGUUACUUCUUGUAUCAUAUUUCAUUGUUCAAUAAAAACUUGUGUUA